AUUCACAAUCUUAUAAAUGGAAAGUGAGGGAACUAGAAUUCACGAUCUUGAAAGUGAGGUGCUGACUAACUCCGUCUUCACACAUUUGUGGUGUCAGUUCUUGUUUUGGUGUUGGGUGCAGCUAUCGAUAUGUACAUUAGCACCAAACAAACUUGCGUUGAUUACUGGAGGAGCGAACUUUUUGAAGCACUUGAACCUUUUAUGAAAUGUAAUGAUUCUCCAUCAAUCCAACCAGAACCCAGUUACCAUGAUCUUGCAUCCGUUGGGCUCAAUUCCUCUGAAAUUGAUGAGAAUUGGCUUGGACCAUUUAACUCGAAAGAGCUGGCACAACUUGAUGCUUCUUUUCAACAACCAACACCACAACAAGUUGCCCAUUCGCAAUCGAAUGUGGAUAUUGCUAGAUCUGGAAUUAGUCAUUCAAAGAAAAAGAAUGCAAUAGAGAGGAUAGAAAAAGAUUAUGGGAUAACUCGACAGAUUCUGGAGCAGCAUUUUGGCAUGACUCUUCAACAAGCUGCUAAAGCUCUACGUGUUAGUAAAUCAACAUUGAAACGAAUAUGUAAAGUACAUGGUAUAUCUAGAUGGCCACAUUAUAAGACUAGAAAGGUUAAUCACCAUGUUAGCCAAGGCAUAUCUCUACCGGGUGUGGCAGAUCAUUUGGUUCUGAACAGGAACAGGUCUACUCUUGUUGACUGCAGGCUACUUGAUAACAACGACCUGGUUCCUACUGCUCCUCCAAAGGCUACUGACCCAGUAGCCAGUCUUUUGAAUGAUCUUCAUAUUGCCAGGGAACAGAAUCAUGCCCUCCGUACUGAAAUUGAGACUAUGCACACUAACCUGGCUGAGUCACAGGGGGAAGUUGCUCGGUUGAAGGACCAAUUGCUGCAGCAACAACAGGAUAGUAAUACUCGAGUGGAUAAUUUUCUAAAGCUCCUGGCAUCAUCUCAUUCCCCUCUCCCUUCCUCGUCCUGAUUCCCUAUACCAACUCAUCCUAUUUGCUUAUUUUGAGACAAUCUUGUUGCUUCUUGUGUUGUGUAUGGUUUGGAUAUUGUGUUGGAGCUCUUCACUGGGAUUAAAACAUUGUGCAUCAUGUUUUGAUUUGUUCUUUAUCCCUGCUUGACUGAUCUUUUGCAUCUUGUUUGGAUGACUAGUAUCCUUAGAUUG